UGAGAAUGCAGCAUUAUGAGUCUGCUGAAGAACGAGUCAGUUUGUCUGUGCAGCUGCGAGGUGACUCGACGAGGAGAUGCCGUCUGGCUGCUGGAUCACCGUGUGGCUGCUACUGCUUCUGCCAGCUGUAACUCAGGCUCAGAGUGGAGAGGAAGAAACUGACACGGAGCCCAGACUCAGCUGCACCUCUCACAUCAUGACAGAGCAAAGCAGUCUGACCUGUGAACUGGUCGGAGGCAAGAACUACAAUGAGGAUGAUGAAGAUGACGAGGCAGAUGGCAUAGAGAAGAUGACAGUGUGUUACACUGACUGGAGUGAACCAGAUCAGAAAAAGUGUGUGGAGGAUUUCGGGGACACAGUCAGUUCCCAAAAUCUGAAUCCUGUGAAUCAUUUCAGUGUGACGGCCCACUUAAAGAGAGGAGGCAAGGUUACAGCAAUGAUCGACCUGAAGAAAAUAGUUAAACCGAGAAGUCCUGAGGUGUGGAACGUUACUUUCAACCAGGAGUCUAACCAGGCUGUCAUUUAUAUUCGGACUCCAUACCACAGAGAAUUCCUGAAAAAAGAAAAUCAACUCUUCCAGCUGCACAUCUGGACUGCAGGCAGCACAAAGAUUCUAAACAUCUCAUCAUUAGAGAUGAAGAUUGACAUGGAGCACCUCCAACAGAACACAGAAUAUCAUGUUAAAGUACGAGCGAUACCGCAGUUGUUCCUGGCGGGUACCUGGAGUGACUGGAGUGAAACUUUCAGUUUCUUUACACCUGCUGGGGAUAAAGUCAAAAAAGAGACAGAUGAAAGGCAGGAGACGUACACACUGAUUGUGUGUCUUGUCCUUCUUGUUGUGCUGACUUUCAGUGUUGUUUUCUUCUGGAAAAACAAAAUAUUUACCUACAUGUGGCCAAGCAUCCCGCACCCCAAACACACACUGGUGCAGAUCUGCAAACCAAAUAAAGGUCUCCUAUUGAACUUUAAACCUGAGGUGUUCAGUGCUCUUAAAGUUUACCCAAUGGAGAAAACUGAGGAGCAGCCAUGUGACGAAACAGAGCCUUCGAUUGCUGCUAGUGCUCCUGCUGCUGAAAGCACACAGUCGAAUCAUGCCUGCUCCACACAAAGCUCUGACUGCUCCAGGAGCACCACCAGUGUCAGCACAGAGGAGCUGGAGUUGUCUGCCCUGCUGAGCAGAAGCUCCUCAGAUGGAGAAGACAGUCUUCAGAGCACCAGUCCAUCCCCCAUCAGGGAUCUCCAGUUUGGGGAGACACCUCACGCACCUCAGCGUGGAUGCAGCAGUGAAGGAAAUGAGGCUGAGUUGUUUGGAGUGAGCCAGCAGGAGGAGGCCUAUGUCACCAUGUCCAGUUUCUAUCAGAUCAAGUAGAUCAGGAGGAGGUAGGAAUAUAGGACCAGAAUCUUUUUCUGAGAAUUACACUUCAGGAUGCUUUAAAUCAGUGGUUCCCAACCUGGAAGUCAUAAUAAUAAAUUAAAAUCUGAGGGGCCACAAAAUGAUAAGUCCACCAUUUUAGUCCAUACUGAAAUAUCUCAACUUUUGCUUUGCAUUCAACUCAAAGCACCACUGUGUCUAGUAUAGCCUCACAGAGAUGCUAGCAUGGCUGGGCAAUGCUGGACAUUUCCACCCUUUCAGGCCUUUAAAUAUCUUUCAAACAAACAAUCUCAGAAGGGGAAAAUAAUAAAUUUUAGUUGAACUGCUCACAGGUCAAAUUCACACCAGGACCAUAACCUGUGAUCAGUGGUUACAAAUGAAUAUUGCUCAGUUCAAUAAAAAGGUUGGGAACCAUUGACCUAAAGAACUAACUGAGGAGUGAAAAAUGUUCUUCUCUAAAAGUGAAGAAUAAGACACAUUUAUAAAGAGACUUACUCCUAUGUAGGAGAAGAAGUGACCAAAGGAUUUAUCACAUGCACGAUCAGAACAGGAACAGCCAAUAAAAGACAAAGAUUUACAUUACAUGAUUUGUCAAGGCUAAAACACACCGGUGUCAAACGACGUACAUCAACUGCCCGUUUCAUCCCGCUAAAUGAGAAGACUGCCACCUGCUGUUGUUAAUGUCUGCAGCGUGGCGCUUCCUGUCUGUGCUAGCGACAACCCUCAAUUUGCCACAGAGCCGGUAUGUUUUAGGUGUGUUAUUUUUUUAAAGUUAAUUUUAAAUGACCACCUUAAUAUCUCCAGUAGGAAUUUAUUGGGUCACUUCCUUAAUGUUGACCAACUUGUGAUGGAGUUUUUAAAAAGAAUGGUCAAAGUCCAGCAGCAGAAAUUUGAUAAAUAGCUUUUAUUAUUACAAAAGUAAAAGUGAAGGAUUUUUUAACUUUUCUAUUUCACUUGAGUCCGACGUGUAACUUGUAGCAGUUUUAUAAAUGUUGCCUAUUAACCCAGAGGUAUUUAAAUGUAGCUUUUAUGUAUUUUGUUGCUUUGAUGCCGUAUGAUUAUAUCAAAUAUAUGUUCAUAAUAUCUUCUACAUUUUAUACUGACAUACCUCCUACAGUCAUCUGGUUGUCCAGAGUUGGUUGUUAGAGGAACCUUAGAAGACCGUACCAGUGUUUCUGUAUGUUUUACUACAAAUCACAGAAUACCACUUCCAUAACAUACUACAGCCUAGAACUGGUUAAAGGAUCAGUUUAUCUUUUAGCUGGGCUUGGUGUUCACUAUAUUGAAUUACGUAUUUCAAGAAAGUCCUUUGAGUUUCAAACCAUAGUUGAAUGAAUGGAUUCUGUUGGCUGCCUGAACUUCCAUUUUGCUUUGGAUUAAUACAGAUGGGUGACAAAUCACUAAAUCCUAAUCUAAAGUGUGUUAGUGAGGUGUUUGGCCACCACAAGUUUCCAAAACAGCUUCAGUUCUCCGUUAACAGAGCUUUUAAGUAUCUGGAACUUGAGGGACAAACUCCAUUCUUCUGAAAGAUAUUAUCUCGUUUGGUGUUUUAAUGAUGGUGGUGGAGAGUGCUACCUAAUGCAACUACUCCAGAAUAGGUUUUCAACUAAGGACCUUUAGAACCUCCUCAAGAACCUCAAAACUACCUAAAGAAAUCUGUGGAACCUCCAAAUGACCAGCAGUAUCGCAUAAAGCACCAUAACAACAACAGAAAAACCAAAAGGAUGAGUAGAACCUCCAAAAUGACAGAAAUCUCUUAAUGACCACAAGAACAACCCAAUAAGUACUAGAACCUCUUAAAUGACCACUAGAACCACCUUAAAGAUCUCAUAACUGACAACUAGGACAACCUAAAUGAUCCCUAGUAUCUCCUAAUUGACCACUAGAACCCCUAAAUGAUUUAUACAACCACAAUACAACAACUACCUAGAGGACCUCUAGAAUCGCUGAAUGGACACCUAGAUCCACCUAAAGGACACCUAGAUCCUCUCUUGUGUCCUGUAUGGAAACGUACAUUCAGUGUGUUUAAUAUAUUCAGGUUUUCCCUUUAAUUUGUCACCUGUCUGUAUAAAGAUUUACUACAAUUCUUAAUUCUUCUUCAAACAUACAAAAACACCAGUGGGGUCCUUUGAAAGAAAGCUGCUCAUAUCUGCACUUAAACUGUUAAAUAACUAAUAUCCUGCUGUGGGACAGGCUCUCCUCAUUGUUAAAAAGCACUCAGUCCACAUUCCUCGGACCAGCAGCACUGAACCACAGUCAUUAUGAUCAUAGCGUUGCUGCAGCAACCUGACCGACUGUUUCUGUUAGUGGAGACGUCAAACACACAAUGCUGCUUCUAAAUAUAUCUGACACAACUUACACCUCAUGUUUCCUCAUGGCAACGGCUGAAAGAAAUACACAGAAUGUACGCUUUUUCUUUAAGAAAUCUGAUUGUAUUAUUUCACUCAACUGUCCAAAAUAUACUGUAAAUACUAUAUGAAAAUGUCUGUACUUGUCUAACCAAUGUUUUUUAUUUAAAGAAAGCCUGUGGUGUUUCGUAUUAACGUACAAUAAAAAAAGAAAGAAUUGUUAUAAAAACA